ACACUAACCCAGAAGUUACAAACACCCUAAGUAUCCUUACCGAAAAUCAAGGCAUUAAUAAAUUUAAUUAUGGCACCAAAGGCCUACUAAAAUAUCUAUUAGACUCAGCAAUAAGAAACUCUAAAAAUAAAUCAGGACACACAAAUAAAUUUGAUGAUGGAAUGAAAUGAUUCUGGCUUUAUAUAUUCAUUAGCGCAGGAAGGAUGAGUUAUGAAAUAUUGCACUCAAAUUUAAAAAAUAUACUGCCUUCUGUCACAACUAUUCACAGACAACUAGAAGAAAUGAAUAAUAUAUUAGAGGGUGAAGUGAGAAUUGAAGACUUAAAACUUUAUUUACAAAAGAGAAAUUAUCCACCCAUAAUUUUUAUAUCCGAAGAUCAAACUGCACUCAUCAAAAAAGUCCAAUAUGAUUCAGCUUCAAAUCAAAUGGUUGGCUUUGUAGCACCUUUACAGGAACAGACGAGAUUUCCUCGCAUUAACAAAUUCCCAGUUGAUUCAGUUAGCGACAUUGAAAAUGCUUUUAAGAAUAAAACAUUAGCAAUAAAUGCAUAUAUUUUAUGGCUCAGCCAUUAGUAGAUGGAUCACCCGCAUUUUGUAUAUCAAUAUUUGGCAGUGAUAAUAGAUUUACCUCAGAAGAUGUUUAUAAACGAUGGCAAUAUCUCAUAAAGGAAGCAGGAAAACAUGGAAUUACAAUUUUGGGCUUUUCAAGCGAUGGUGACACUCGGUGCUUAAAAAGUAUGAAAAUUAUAUCGAAAUUGUCAUUUACUUCAUUGAACCCUUACUCUCCCUAUUUUCAGGCGAAUUACAAUUUAGAAAAUCCAGCAGUUUUUCAAGACACUAUACAUAUAUCAACGAAGCUUAAGACUCGUUUAUUAAAUGAAAAUAUUUCUAUGAAUAUGGGAGGAAAACGAGUAUCUAUUGACAAUAUCCGGUACAUAAUUGAAAACUAUCCUAGAGAUAAACACUUAUUAUGCAAGAGCUUCCUUGAAUCUUCCGACAAAAUGAACUUCAAUGCAAUAGACAAGUUAAGUUCUGAACAUGUCACAAAUAUGCUUAAGGAAGUUCCCAACGCCGAAGCUACAAGGCAAUAUUUAAUACUGACUCACAACAUAUUGGAUGCAUUCUUGUUAAAAGAAAUUAGUGUUGAAAGACGAGUAUACCUAAUUUGGUAUUCAACUUUUUUCAUGCGUAUUUGGAAAGCCUGGCUAAAAAAAAAUGGUGAAAAUAUCCAAAAGAAUUUUAUCACCACAAAUGCCUAUACAUGCAUAGAAAUAAACGCUCAUGGAAUUAUUUUAGUCAUUGAAAAACUUCGGCAAAAUGGAAUUUCAGAAGCUUUUCUUCCAUGGCUGUAUAGCAGUCAGCCAUGUGAAAAAGUAUUUAGAGAAACUCGGUCCAUGAGUAGCACAUUUUCAACUAUGAUAAAUUAUACACUGCUGGAUGUUUUAAGAAGAUUAAAACGUAUACAAGCUAUGCAUGAGAUAAGCACAGACUUAGGUCCCAAUUUUAGAUUCCCCAGGCAAGAAAACAAACGACUUGGAAAUAAUUCAAGUGUCUUUAAAGUAACUGAGUUUCCAUCAACUGAUGAAAUGAUUAACAUAAUUAAAAAGGCCCAAGAAGACGCACUAUCUGACGCUAAAAAAAUUGGGAUGGAAAUGAACAGGGAUUGUUGUAUAGAAAUUAAUUUACCGACUUGUGACAAUCCGGAAGAGCAAGAAGAGGUGCAGGGAAGUAUAAUUAUCACUGAUACCAUUUCAAAGGAACAUGAGCCAGACCUCGAGCCAGACUUUUCUAAUGAAGACCGGGAGUUUCUUGAAUAUACCUCUACAUUUAAUAAUUAUGACUCUUUACAUUUGAGAGACUAUACGGGUCAAAAGAAAGCACAAAAAUCGUGUCUGUCAGUGACACUUAAAGACAAAAAAACACGAAUUAUAAAAAAAUCUACUCUAAUUUGGUUUUUUCAGGAAAAACAGGGUCGUUUAUCAACCGACAGACUGCUCCGGGUAAAGGGAAUGACAGUUAAAAAUACGCAUAAGGGGUUAUCAAAAAAAAAAACAGUUCAGGAAAAAGCCAGGCCAAGGACUUCAACCAGCAGGCAAUAUCAAAAAAAGAAAAAUGUUUCGUCAACCUCAUGAACGAGCUCAUAAAGAUAGUACAUCUGAAUCUCGAUCUGAAUCAGAUGAGAUUAGCUUAGAAAGUGAAACUUUGAGUGAAGAUUUCUCUGACUUAGAAGAUUGCCAUAACGAAAGUACAAAAAUGCCAGUAAUUCAGCUAGAAUCUUAUUAUGCUGUGUUUUAUGAUACACAAUGGUAUCUAGGGCAUGUCAUCAACAGCUACAGCUCAGAAAAGUUUAAAGUGAAAUUUUUACAACAAGACCUGGAUACUUUUAAGUGGCCCAAAAAAGAUGAUAUCCAAGAUGUUCACAAAGAGUUUAUAUUUUAUGGACCAGUUAGUCUAAGCGGAACUGAACCAUUUUCUUUAAAAAGAAAUGAUUUGAUUGCUAUUAAACAGAAAUACAAAACAAUCAAAUCCAUCAAAUCAUUAAAAAAUUAAACAUAUUUUUUUAUGUUAUUUAUUAUGUUAAUAAAGCUACUUUGCUUAAU